AUGCUCUCCACAUUAAUGCAAUCUGCACGGGAGCUCUCCCUCACGCGAGUCCUCUCUUUGUGCGCCAUCCUCGCCGUAGCAACUCCUGCGGCAAGCGCAGCCAUCACCUCUCAAGCCACGCUGGCCAAAGAUGGAGCCGGACCAUUUGCACACUACCGAAUUGUUGCCUUGGCAAAUCUAGGCAAUGGUAUCCUCCUAGCCUCGUACGAUGGCCGCCCAGACGGAGGAGACUCCCCAUCCCCGAAUUCAAUUAUGCAGCGACGCAGUACGGAUGGUGGCAAAACCUGGGGUGAACCCACCUAUGUCGCCAAAGGCCAACCCAAGUCAUCGUCGGCCGAACAGUACGGAUUCAGCGACCCAAGCUACGUGGUCGACUCCAAGACUGGAAAGGUUUUCAAUUUCCAUGUCUUCUCGAAGAACCAGGGAUUCCUCGGCAGUAAGGUCGGGAAUGAUGAUACCGACCGCGAUAUCGUGAGCGCCGAAGUGUCCGUGUCAACCGACAAUGGAGUUAGCUGGAGCACCGAUCCAGAAAAUCAACCCAAGUUGCCUCCUGUUGCAUCUUCCCAGGCCGGUGCACCCCCUCUUAUUACUAAGAAUAUCAAGCCGGUGGGCAGCACUGCCAACGGCGUCAAGAACGUCGGUGGAAUUGCCGGCCUGUUUGCCUCAUCCGGACAGGGAAUUCAACUCAAGUAUGGCGCCCACGCCGGACGCCUGGUUCAACAAUUCCUCGGUAGAGUUGUCCAACCAAGUGGCAACGUCAUCUCGCAAGCCUACAGCGUCUACAGUGACGACGGUGGCGCUACCUGGAAGAAGGGAAAUGUUGUCGGCAAUGGGAUGGAUGAGAACAAGGUCGUGGAGCUGUCCAAUGGCAACUUGAUGCUCAACUCGCGCCCGAGUGAUGGCAGCGGAUAUCGCAAGGUUGCAAUCUCCACCGAUGGUGGUGUGAACUGGUCGACCCCAAAGACUGAGAACCAGCUUCCCGACCCAGGAAAUAACGGCGCUAUCGCAAGAGCGUAUCCUGAUGCAAAGCAGGGUUCAGCCGAAGCCAAGAUCCUCUUGUUCACCAACGCAAACAGUCAGUCAAGCCGGAGCAAUGGCACAAUCCGCUAUUCCUGUGAUGACGGAAAGACCUGGUCUGCGGGUUCAGUCUUCCAGAAGGGCACAACCUCUUAUUCCACAGUCACUGCCCUCGGUGGUGACCGGUACGGCAUCUUUUAUGAGGGUGCUGGAAACGAGCUUAUCUAUCUUGAAGUUUCCAAGGCGUUCAUUGGAAUUAACUGCUGA